AUGGGGCUCACUCCCCCGGCCCCCUCCCCGGGGAAUGAACCGCAAGUUCCUCCCGCGUCAUCCUCAAUCAUGUUCAUCCAGUCACCUCCGGCUUUCGAACCGGAUACGGCUGCAGGAAAUGUAACGGCAUCCAUGGUGGGCCUGCAGCAGACUUCACCUCCGGAGACCCUGACUGCACAGUCGCAGCAAGAUAUGCAGGAGGAGAUGCAGACAGGUCCUGAGAGGGGGAAAGAGGAGCCGACCCAAGUGGCGUCUCCAGCAUCGGCGACGAGCGCGUUCAAUGAUGCAUGCGCAGCAACUGCUUCGCUGGAGAAUGCCUUGGACAGCCUUGUGAGUCAGCUGGGAAAUUCCUCCUUGACGUAUGAUAACGGUGUCCGCAUGAUGACAAACCUGAAGUCCUCAGAUAUUGCGCUGCGGCUCGAGGCAACCCAAGCAUACCGCAGGUCUCUUAGCAACCGACAGGAGGGAGCAGUUGUGAACACUGGGAGCACCUUAGGUACUACUCUGCCCAGCGGCGCGGAGUUGCGAAGCGGGCCCUUGUUGGACAUUUCUAUCGAUGAGUUCGUGGAAAUGAAUUUGGUGGCGCAUGUCAUUGAGUCAUUGCGCAUGCCGCACCCCCAUCUGCAGCUCGAGUCUAUAUUGCUGUUGCAGCGGCUUUGCCGCGGGACCUUCGCGCAGACUUUGCGUGUCGUCUCCUCGAGUCUGUUGGAUGCCGUUGUGGACAUUCUCAAGAAACUCACCCUUGAUUCGCCGGGCGUCGUCGAGCUACGCGUGGCUAUCUUUUCUUUCUUGACUAAGAUCGCCCUGGACUUCAAGCAUGGGAAGAACUUGUCUCUCGUGCGGAGGCCGCUAGUACUACCGGCUGUUCUCCGGUGUGCAAAUCUUCAUCCGGACGUUGAGGGCGUCCGGUGUGUAGAGGCUCUUGUUCACCCUCGUUUUUGCAGCGCAGAUAUGAAGUUGGCAGUGCUCAAAUUCCUCGUACGCGUCAUGGCGGAGUCAAAAGAUCCCGCAAGUCUUUCUCUGGCGUGCAAUGCAUGCGUGACUCUUUGCGACAGCCCAGAGGGCGUGUCUGCUGUCCUGGAGGCCAUGGCUAUGCCGCAUAUUAUGAAGCUGUUAUGUCACUCAGACGAAACUGUCGUGUUUGAUGCUCUUUCAAUUGCUGCGCGCAUUGCUUUCAUCGGCACGACGCAACAGAUCGACCUCGUUAUCGGCAUGGGAACUGUCAGCACCAUGGUUCAGGUGCUGACAGACCCCGCAGUCUCCAGCCCCAUGGCCAGGGCCAGGGCAUGCAACACUAUUGGGAACUUGGGGUGCGAGACGCCCACUCAAGUUCAGGCGAUUAUUGAUACUCAGGCUUUCCCGCUGUUGCUGGAGAUCUUUCAAGUGGACCCGGACUACAACACACGCAUUGAAGCAGCGUACGCUGUCUGCGCCUGCUUGUCACGAGCCAGCCCUCGGCAAGUAGGGGUUAUUGUGUGCUGCACAACACGCGCACCAUCCUUCCUGGAUCGUGGAAGGGGCACGUCGGGGGUGUAUUUUGCCCAGGAUCCCGAUGAGCCUUGCGUCUUAUCGUUGACUGGGUCGAAUCCGUGCUUACACUUGAUCGCCGACAUGCUAGAACUGGUGUCCCAAAGUGACCCAUCGAACAGUGGCAGUCUGAAGCUCUGCAAGGCAAUUUUAAGGGGGCUAGAGAACAUUCUAGAGGUAGGCGUUCAAGAGGGGAAGUCUUUGGAUCUACCUGAAAAUCCAUACGCCCGCCUCUUCCAAGCGGUUCAGGGAGAUGUCAAGUUAGCUAGGAUGAGGUACUUUCCUGAUUACAACGUGGCUACUAAGGCGCAUAGUAUCUUGCAGUACUUCACAACGCUUUCAUCGCGAGCCAUAAAAGCUUGA